GCAGCCUUUUACGUCACCACCCCGUGACAAAACCCUUAGGUCCUUCGUCGUUUUGCCGGGUGGAGAGUUCUAGCAUUUUGUGCGGGUGUAGCGGUGAUAUAUUUUUGUUUUGUCCCAUUUAAAAUGUACUAUAAGUUAAGUGGAAUCACACAAAGACUGACGGGAUCGGCGCCGUCGACCGCCUACACCCCUCAGGGCCUGAAGCCUGCCACCCCCGUGCAACCCAAGACCAUGGUCUUCGCCACGCCAACCAAACUGGUAUCCGAGUCUGGAUCUGUGGUGGAGUACCUGGGUGCCAACAAAGUCCCAGACCUACAGAGGCUCUUCCAGUUGUCGGACGGCAUUCCUGUGCACCUGAAACGGGGCGUCCCAGACAAGCUGCUGUACCGCACCACCAUGGCGCUGACGAUCGGGGGGGCCAUGUACUGCCUGGUGGCCCUGUACAUGGCAGCGCAGCCCCGGAAGUGACCCCGACCGACCCCCCUCCUGCAGGAGUACCUCUUAUUUAACACUCAUGUGACAAUGACAACAGACAUUUAUAGGAAUCACAAUUAGCCCCCCCCUCACCUGACCCUUCAUAAUCUCUUGAUUUAACCUGUCUUUAUUUAUUGCCAAUGUUAAACUGAGAGGGUCCCACUCUUAGCGGUCCACAUCCCACUUGGAGUCUCUCUGCCCUGCACAUGCCAGCAGAUGGACAGGACAGACUCUCAUGACCAGCUGCCGGCUCUGCUUUUGCCAUCAAACUCAGCCAAUUCCGACUGAAGGGAUGUCCACGUCAACCACUUCCUGUUUAAAUAAAUAAAAAAAAACACAUUUUUGAUGGACCAAGUCAUUCCCUUAAUUCUUCUGAUCUUGCACAAUGGUCCGAAAAUCUCUGUUCCAGUUUCAUGUCAUUCAAUGUUCCCAUGGAGAUGUGCACAGGGAUUUCUGGGUAAUGUUUGGUGUUAAAUCUCCAAGUGUGAGAAUGAGGAGCCAGCUGCAGCUGUGAGCUGGACAAGCACGUUUACAGAACUAAUGAAGUGGCAGGCUAGUUUGACACAUGCCUUACCCUGGCUAGUCUUAUGGUCUGGUUUGGGUUUCACACCAGGACCCCAUUUCAUUCAGUGUGCUGGAGUGUUCAAAGGUUUAGAAGUAUUAAUGUUGAAGAAAAGAUAGAAUGAGAUGCAG